GCCGCAGAAGGCCGCAGCGUGUCUGAUCGCCGCAGAAAAGAACACGCGAAGAGGCAGGAAGACGUUUUUGACUCCGGUCUACCAUGUCACCUUCCGUGGCGAGUGCGCAGGCACAAUGGCUGGAGCAGCUUGAGGCGAUGCGCAAGGCCAUCGCGGAAUUGAACCUACCUUCGGACGACAAAACGACGCCUGCGUACGGCGACGACCUCGAUAUCGACGAGGACGACUUCUCUGGGACUGCGAGCGGCGAUGAUAUCUGGGACGUGCUGAGCGACGAGUAUGGAGAUGCAUAUAGCAGCGACCAACUCGACCCAAUCGCCACCGCCCAGCCGACGAGCCUGCUCCACGACCAGCUUUGGCUCCAGGAGAAGUGCAACGACGUUGCGCGGAGCAGCUCUGGCCUCGACGCCACCGCGCUGAAGGAACAGUUGUCUGCUAUUCUUGCGAGUGAUAGUGACGAUGACGAACUGCAGAUGACGCUCGCGGAGAUUGUGGGCUAUGAGCAGCUGGAUUUGGUGGCGGACCUCAUCUCCCACCGGAAGGAGAUCACGCAGUCAUUGCGUGAUGGGUCCCGGAACAAUGGUGUUGUCGGUCGUUUGCAGACCCGGGCAGAACGUGAAGAGGCUCUUAGGCAGCAGGACUGGGAGCAUAAGAAUCGUGGACUGGCAGCUGCCGUCGACCGCAAAGGACCGCAGUAUCCCCAUGUCUACCGCGCUCAUGAGGCAGGAAACAAACUGUCCAGUCUGGGCAAGAAGUACGCAUUGCCAGCUGGCAGCACCCACGUCGACGAGAAGACCUACGAGGAGCACACCAUCCCUGCCGCGCGCGUUGGCACACUCGGCGUUGGUCGCAAGCUCGUCGAGAUCAAAGAUAUGGACGGUUUAUGCCAGCGCACGUUCAAGGGAUACAAGUCGUUGAACCGCAUGCAGAGCUUGGUGUAUCCUGUUGCCUACAACACCAGCGAGAACAUGCUCAUCUGCGCACCUACAGGUGCAGGUAAAACAGAUGCCGCCAUGCUUACAAUCUUGAAUACUGUAGCCAAGAACAUCAUACCUAAUCCGAUUGAAAAUCCUGACGCUACUGACUUCACUGUUAUGGCUGAAGACUUCAAGAUCAUCUACGUUGCUCCGAUGAAAGCACUCGCAGCUGAAGUCACAGAGAAGCUCGGAAAGCGUCUCGCUUGGCUCGGCAUCAAAGCUCGUGAGCUGACUGGAGAUAUGCAUCUUACCAAAGCAGAGAUAUUGGAUACGCAAAUCAUUAUCACCACCCCUGAGAAGUGGGAUGUCGUGACGCGUAAGAGCACUGGCGACACAGAGCUGGUGCAAAAGGUCCGCCUCCUCAUCAUUGACGAGGUGCACAUGUUGCACGAUGAGCGCGGCGCAGUUCUUGAGAGUCUGGUGGCGAGGACGCAGAGACAGGUGGAGGCAACUCAAUCUCUAAUCCGCAUCGUAGGCCUGUCUGCUACGCUUCCCAAUUAUGUCGAUGUCGCCGACUUCCUUAGAGUGAACAAGAUGGCCGGCAUGUUCUACUUCGAUCAAUCGUUCCGUCCAGUUCCCCUAGAACAGCAUUUCAUCGGCGCCAAAGGCAAGGCUGGUACUGUCAAAUCCAGGGAAAACCUCGACCAGGUAGCAUUUGAUAAGGUUGCAGAUAUGCUCAAGCUUGGCCACCAAGUCAUGGUGUUCGUGCAUUCGCGCAAGGACACCGUCAAGUCUGCAAGGAUGCUGUUCGAGAAGGCAGUAGACGCCGGGUGUUCCGAUCUAUUCGACCCGACAACGCACCCGAAUUACGAGAAUGCGCAACGCGACAUGAAACAGUCGAAAGGUCGCGAGCUACGCGAGCUGCUUCCCAAGGGCAUGGGAACUCACCAUGCUGGCAUGCCUCGCUCCGAUCGGAACCUCAUUGAACGCCUGUUCGCAGAGGGAGUGCUGAAAGUGCUUUGCUGUACCGCCACCUUGGCCUGGGGUGUGAACUUGCCAGCGGCUGCGGUUCUCAUCAAGGGCACUCAGGUAUACAACGCGCAAGAGGGUAAAUUCACGGAUCUCGGCAUUCUUGAUGUUCUUCAAAUCUUUGGUCGUGCUGGUCGUCCUCAAUUCCAGGACACUGGUAUUGGCUUCAUCUGUACGACGCAUGACAGGCUCGACCACUACCUCAAGGCGGUAACUGAGCAACAACCGAUCGAAUCAAGGUUUUCUGCGAAGCUUGUGGACAACUUGAACGCUGAGAUCUCGCUGGGCACGGUCACCACGGUACAGGAAGGUGUGCAAUGGCUCGGGUACUCCUAUCUAUUCGCCCGAAUGCAAAAGAGUCCCCUCAACUACGGAAUCGAAUGGAACGAAAUAAGAGACGAUCCACAACUCGUUAUGAGGCGCACGAAGCUCAUCACUGAUGCUGCUCGCGUUUUGCAGCAGAGUCAAAUGAUUGUGUUCAACGAGACUACUGGAGAUCUCCGUUCCAAGGACGUCGGUCGCAUCGCAAGCCAAUACUACGUUCAGCAAACCAGUAUCGAGAUCUUCAACACCAUGAUGAAGCCGCAUGGAUCUGAGGAAGAAGCUUUCGCUAUGGUCAGCAUGAGCGGAGAGUUCGACCAGAUUACUUCCAGGGAUACAGAAGAAAAGGAGCUCUCUUCCCUCAUCGAGAACGAACAUGUCUACCAUGAAGUGAAGGGCGGGGUCGGCACGCCUCAUGGAAAGACCAAUGUUUUGCUGCAGUCCUACGUGUCCCGAGCACGGCUAGAGGACUUUACACUGGUCUCAGAUACCAACUACAUCUCGCAGAACGCCGCACGUAUUGCACGCGCACUUUUCAUGAUCGCACUCAACCGCCGCUGGGGCUACCAAUGCCAGGUGCUUCUAAGUUUGUGUCAAUCCAUCGAGCACCAAGUCCGCUCGGACUCUCAUCCGCUGCACCAAUUCGACCUGCCUCAGCCUGUGCUUCGGCAACUAGAUUGGAAGUACACCUCUAUUGAGGCGCUCCGCGACAUGGACCAACGCGAGAUUGGAGACUUGGUACACAACACGAGAAUGGGCAAUGUCAUCGGUCGGUUAUUGGACAACUUCCCAACCCUGAGUAUUGAAAGCGAAAUCGCACCGUUGAGCCGAGACGUACUCCGCAUUAGGCUUUGGCUUACACCAGAGUUCAAGUGGAACGACCGCCACCAUGGAUCCUCUGAAUCUUUCUGGAUAUGGGUGGAGAACUCAGAAACCUCUGAGAUCUUCCACUACGAGUACUUUAUCCUGUCACGCAGGAAGCUGUACGACGACCACGAGCUCAACUUCACCAUUCCGCUGUCAGAUCCCUUGCCAACGCAAGUCUAUGUGCGAGCUGUAUCUGAUCGAUGGCUUGGUGCGGAGACAGUGCAUCCAAUCUCCUUUCAGCAUCUGAUCCGGCCGGAUACCGAAAGCGUGUACACAGACCUGCUCAAUCUCCAGCCUCUGCCCAUCUCGGUCCUGAAGAAUCCCAUUCUUGAGGAAGUCUAUGGGCAACGGUUUCAGUUUUUCAAUCCUAUGCAGACACAAAUAUUUCACUGCUUGUACCAUACUCCAGCAAAUGUCCUGCUGGGAUCGCCUACCGGUAGUGGUAAGACAGUAGCCGCUGAACUUGCAAUGUGGUGGGCUUUCCGCGAGAAGCCUGGUUCCAAGGUCGUCUACAUCGCUCCCAUGAAGGCGCUCGUGCGCGAACGUGUUCAGGACUGGGGCAAGCGUCUCGCUGGUCCGAUGGGCCUAAAGCUGGUCGAGCUGACCGGUGACAACACACCUGACACACGCACGAUCCGGGACGCAGACAUCAUCAUUACGACUCCUGAGAAGUGGGACGGUAUCAGUCGUAGCUGGCAAACGCGUGGCUACGUGCGACAGGUCAGCCUAGUGAUCAUUGAUGAGAUCCAUCUGCUUGGUGGAGAUCGUGGCCCUAUCCUCGAGAUUAUCGUCUCUCGAAUGAACUAUAUCGCUUCUCAAAGCAAGGGUUCAGUCCGUCUUUUAGGCAUGUCGACUGCCUGUGCGAACGCAUCUGAUCUCGGUAACUGGCUUGGUGUCAAAGAAGGCUUGUUCAACUUCCGCCACUCGGUCCGCCCCGUGCCGUUGGAGAUCUACAUCGACGGCUUUCCCGAGCAGCGUGGCUUCUGCCCGCUCAUGCAGUCGAUGAACCGCCCUACGUUCCUUGCCAUCAAAGCGCACUCACCCGAGAAGCCCGUUAUUGUGUUUGUUGCCUCCCGUCGGCAGACUCGCCUUACUGCAAGAGACCUUAUCAACUUCUGCGGCAUGGAAGACAACCCGAGACGUUUCCUUCACAUGUCUGAGGAUGACCUAGCGCUGAACCUCGACCGCGUCAAGGACGAUGCGCUGCGAGAAGCUUUGGGCUUCGGAAUUGGUCUUCAUCACGCUGGACUUGUGGAGUCCGACCGUCAGCUCUCUGAAGAGUUGUUCGCGAACAACCAAAUCCAGAUUCUGGUCGCCACGAGUACGCUUGCCUGGGGUGUCAAUCUUCCCGCUCACCUUGUUGUCGUUAAAGGCACACAGUUCUUCGAUGCAAAAACAGAAGGGUACAAGGACAUGGAUCUUACCGAUGUGCUGCAGAUGCUUGGUCGUGCUGGUCGCCCCCAGUUCGAUUCUUCGGGUAUAGCUCGAAUCUUCACACAGGAUGCAAAGAAGGACUUCUACAAGCAUUUCCUGCACACAGGUUUCCCAGUCGAGUCCUCUCUCCACAAGGUUCUGGAUAACCAUCUUGGCGCCGAAAUCUCCGCAGGCACAAUAGCCACCAAACAAGAUGCCCUAGACUAUCUUACGUGGACCUUCUUCUUCCGGCGCCUCCACAAGAAUCCCUCCUUCUACGGUCUUGAAAUCUCCGCCGAGGAGCAUAACACGAUCGCCGCUCAGACAAUGGCCAACGACUACAUGAUCAAUCUCGUCGAAACCUCUCUCACCGAGCUCUCCGAAUCCUCCUGCAUUGACCUCCACGGCACCGGCGACAUUGACUCCACACCCCUAGGCAAGAUCAUGAGCUACUACUAUCUCAGCCACAAAACCAUCCGUUACCUCGUCAAGCACGCCAAGCGGGAGGCGACCUUCGCCGAAGUUCUCGCCUGGGUUUCUCACGCAACAGAGUAUGACGAGCUCCCCGUGCGUCACAACGAAGAUCUCAUCAACGGCGAGCUAUCCAAAGCGCUCCCACUAAAGGCGGAAACGCACUUUGACCUCCCGCUCUGGGACCCCCACGUCAAGGCGUUCCUCCUCUUGCAAGCACACUUCUCGCGCGUGGACCUCCCCAUCUCCGACUACGUCGGCGACCUAAACAGCGUGCUGGACCAGAGCAUCCGUAUCGUGCAGGCAUCCAUCGAUGUGCUGACGGAGUUGGGCUACCGCUCUUCCACCGAGAUGAUGGCGACGCUCCUGCAAGCCAUCAAGUCCGCGCGCUGGCCCACUGACGGCCCGCUUUCCCUCUUCCCAGGCGUCGACCCUGAGAAAGAGAAGCAGCGUCUCGAGCACAAGCAAGCCGCGCCCAAGACGCUCGUUGAAGCGUCGACUUCCCCGCCAGCUGUACUGGAAAAGGCAGCGCGUUUCGCAGGCGUGCCGAACGCCGCGGUAAAGAGGUUCCUGGAACCCGUGGCACGGCUGCCGGUCGUCAAGCUGGAGCUUGCGUCACUUACGGCGAUGGGCGUCACGGUUGCGUUGACGCGGGUUAACCCUGCUAGAAUGGCGAACGGCGGCGUGCGCAUUUUUGCGCCGCGGUACCCGAAACCACAGACGGAGGGCUUCUUCGUGGUCCUGUCCUACGCCGGCACCGACGAGAUCGUCGCGCUGAAGCGCGUGGGGUGGAACGAUCCCUCUAAGAACCACACCAACAACAGGGGUAGGGGGGGACGCGGUGGUGCCGCUGCAGGGAGGAAUCACGCUGGUGCUGGCGGAGCCAAGCUGCAUGGGCAGGCGAAGAUGAACCUGCCGCGGGAGGCGCAGGGGAAGAAGAUCGAUGUCGUUGUGCUCAGCGAUGCGUAUCUGGGGAUGCGGUGGACGUUGGGCGGGGUGGAGGUGCCGAGUGCGCCUGAGGUGGAUGAUAGCAAGGGGAAGGGUGACAAGGGGGAGUUAGAUGCGGAUGUAGUGAGGAGUUUGGGUGCGAUCUAGGAUUGUAGAGGAACGGAGAGGGGUACCGAGUAGAUGAAUACAAGUAGGGCGACAGCGGAUACGUCUUGUAGUUGUGCGCAUCGCAAAUAUACACCCCAUUUCCUGAGGGGUUGUUUAGUGUUCCUCUCGUUUCUCAAUCAGGCUUAGACAUCAAGGC